CCCGCCCGCACAGCGGCGCACGCCGCGAGCACCUGCAGCGGAGCUGCCACCCGCAGUCGCAGCGCGUCCGGUGGCCCAGCCUAGUCGCCAGCUCCCGCUCAGCUCAUCGCCCGCCCGCCGCCGAGCUGCACUCCUCCAGCGCUCCCUCGGCCCCGGCGGGGACCGGGGACCCCUCAGCUGCCGCCAUGCUGCUGCCGGUGCUCUACACGGGCCUGGCGGGGCUGCUGCUGCUGCCUCUACUGUUCACCUGCUGCUACCCCUACCUCCUCCAGGAUGUGCGGUACUUCCUGCGGGUGGCCAACUUGGCCCGGCGGAUACGCAGCUACCGGCAGCGGCGGCCGGUGCGCACUAUCCUGCAGGUCUUCCUAGAGCGAGUGCAUCAGACCCCGCACAAGCCUUUCCUGCUGUUCCGCGACGACACGCUCACCUAUGCCCAGGUGGAUCGGCGCAGCAACCAAGUUGCGCGGGCGCUGCACGACCAACUGGGCCUGCGACAGGGGGAUUGCGUGGCCCUCUUCAUGGGCAAUGAGCCGGCCUACGUGUGGCUCUGGCUGGGACUGCUCAAACUGGGCUGUCCCAUGUCGUGCCUCAACUACAACAUCCGUGCCAAGUCUCUGCUGCACUGUUUCCAAUGCUGCGGGGCGAAGGUGCUGCUGGCCUCCCCAGAGCUCCAAGAAGCUGUUGAGGAGGUUCUGCCAGCCCUGAAAAAGGAUGGCGUGUCCGUCUUUUACGUAAGCAGAACUUCUAACACAAAUGGCGUGGACAUACUGCUGGACAAAGUGGACGGAGUGUCAGCGGAACCCACCCCGGAGUCAUGGAGGUCUGAGGUCACUUUUGCCACACCGGCGGUGUACAUUUAUACGUCAGGUACCACAGGUCUUCCAAAAGCUGCAACCAUCAAUCACCAUCGCUUGUGGUACGCAACCGGCCUUGCUAUGGCAAGUGGAAUUAAGGCCCAUGAUGUCAUCUACACCACUAUGCCCUUAUACCACAGCGCAGCAUUUAUGAUUGGCCUCCAUGGAUGCAUCGUGGCUGGGGCUACUUUUGCUUUGCGAAGCAAAUUUUCAGCCAGCCAGUUUUGGGAUGACUGCAGGAAAUACAAUGCCACUGUCAUUCAGUACAUUGGCGAACUGCUUCGGUAUCUGUGCAACACACCCCAGAAGCCAAAUGACCGUGACCACAAAGUGAAAAUAGCGCUGGGAAACGGCUUACGGGGAGAUGUGUGGAAAGAGUUUAUCAGAAGAUUUGGGGACAUUCACGUCUAUGAGUUCUACGCUGCCACUGAAGGCAACAUUGGAUUUCUGAAUUAUCCAAGAAAAAUCGGCGCUGUUGGAAGAGCAAACUACCUGCAAAGGAAAGUUGUCAGAUAUGAGCUGAUUAAGUAUGACGUGGAGAAGGAUGAGCCCAUCCGUGACGCAAAUGGGUACUGCGUCAAAGUCCCCAAAGGUGAGGUUGGACUCUUGAUUUGCAAAAUCACACAGCUUACACCGUUCAAUGGCUACGCCGGAGGGAAGGCUCAGACAGAAAAGAAAAAGCUGAGAGACGUCUUCAAGAAAGGAGACCUCUAUUUCAACAGUGGGGACCUCCUAAUGAUCGACCGUGAAAACUUCGUCUAUUUUCAUGACAGAGUUGGAGAUACAUUCCGGUGGAAAGGAGAGAACGUAGCUACCACUGAAGUCGCGGACAUAGUGGGACUGGUUGAUUUUGUUGAGGAAGUAAACGUUUACGGAGUGCCCGUGCCAGAUCAUGAGGGUCGAAUCGGGAUGGCCUCGAUCAAGAUGAAAGAAAACCAUGAGUUCGAUGGAAAGAAACUCUUUAAGCACAUUACAGAGUAUCUGCCGAGUUAUGCGAGGCCUCGGUUCCUGAGAAUACAAGAUACCAUUGAGAUCACUGGGACUUUUAAACACCGCAAAGUGACCCUGAUGCAAGAGGGCUUUAACCCCACAGUCAUCCAAGACGCCUUGUAUUUCCUGGAUGAUGCAGCAAAAUCAUAUGUGCCCAUGACAGAGGACAUUUAUAAAGCCAUAAGUGAGAAAACUCUGAAGCUCUGAAUAUCCCCAGGUGGCUAGCACAGAACUUUUCCAGAAAGAAACCCAAUAGACCUAGCAUUGCCACUUCAUAUAAUCCAACUUUAAUUUGAUUGACAAUUAUAAGGUGCGAUUUUUUUUUUUUUAGGAAAGUAUUCAUUAAAAGGACAGGUCUUUUUUUUUUU